CCUCCUCUCACUGCUUCCUGCUCUUAACUCAGCUGGGUAAGUGCACUGUCCGGCUGCGCUUUGGUAGCACAUGUGAAUUUUCAUGUCCCUCUCCUCCUAGGACCUUGGAAGUUCUCUGCUGGGCCUGCACCCUGAAACAGGAGCCCCAUAAUGAAGGCCCAGGGUGUCCUCUGGAUCCUACUUGGAUUCCUGCAGUGGCCAAAGCCAGGGACAGCCUCCUCCUUGCCCCUGGUCAUGGACUCUGUCAUCCAGGCGCUUACUGAGCUUGAGCAAAAGGUGCUGGUGACGGAGGCCAGAGGCACAGCCUCCGGAUGGAUUCUGUCAGCCAAGAACUCCAGCCCCCAUAAUUCCCUUCACCAGCACUUGCUGCUGAAGGCACCAAGCCACAACACUACGGAGCCAGAUCCCCACUCGCUGAACCCGGAGCUUCAAGCCCUGCUUUCUGAGGUGGCCCGACAUGACGUACGGGAUGGGCAGGAAUACGGAGUGGUGCUGGCACCUGAUGGCUCCACUGUAGCUGUGAAGCCUCUACUGGCUGGGCUCGAGGCCGGCCUGCAAGGGUACGGUGUUGCCAGCGUGCCUUCAGCUUGCCUGUCCAUCCCCUGUGAGACGGGAGACACCCUGACCAACACUGGGGCCAUCUGGCCAGGACUCAUGAAUGCCUCCACAAAUGCCUCCUCUCCAGAUACUGAAGCUGCUUUACCAAGUGGCAACGCCAAGACCCCCACCACUGUGCCCGGACUCCUGGCAGUCACUCUGGCUGGAGACUUGGGUUUGACCUUCCUCCACAGUUCCCAGACUCGGAGUCCUCCCGGCCUGGGUAUUGACGGUUGCUGGGAUCAGCUUUCUGCCCCUAGGGUCUUCACACUGUUGGAGCCGAAGGCAUCCAGGCUCACCAUGGCUUUCCUCAACGGUGCCUUGGAUGGAGUUCUCCUUGGGGACCACUUGAGCCGGGUUUCUAGGCCCCGGCCACCCCUCAGCCGCCUGCUGAGAGAGUACUACGGAGCUGGGGUGGAUGGAGAUCCAGUGUUCCGGAGUAACUUCCGAAGGCAAAAUGGGGUUGCUUUGAUUCCGGCCCCUACCCUGGCCCGGCGGGUGUGGGAGGCCCUUGUUCUGCUGCAGAAGCUGGAGCCAGGACAUUUGCAAUUGCAGAGCAUGAGCCAGGAACAGCUGGCUCGGGUAGCCGCCUUCGCGACCCGGGAGUUUACGGAGGCAUUCUUGGGCUGCCCAGCCAUUCACCCCCGCUGCCGCUGGGGAGCGGCACCCUACCGAGGCAGCCCAACGCCUCUCCAGCUGCCCCUCGGAUUCUUGUUCGUACAUCACACCUACGUGCCAGCGCCACCCUGCAGCACGUUUGCUUACUGCGCCGCCAACAUGCGCUCCAUGCAGCGUUUCCACCAGGAUGUGCGAUUCUGGAAUGACAUCGGCUACAGUUUCGUGGUAGGUUCCGACGGCUACGUGUAUGAGGGUCGCGGCUGGCACUGGGUGGGCGCGCACACGCGCGGCCACAACUCCCGCGGCUUUGGCGUGGCCUUCGUGGGGAACUACACGGAGUCGCUGCCCAGCGAAGCGGCGCUGAACACGGUGCGGGAGGCGCUCCCGAGAUGCGCGACGCGCGCGGGGCUCUUGAGGCCGGACUACCAGCUGCUCGGCCACCGCCAACUAGUGUCCACCGACUGUCCCGGGAACGCGCUCUUCGACCUGCUGCGCACUUGGCCUCAUUUCUCAGCGGGACUUGUGCUGGCUGCGAUGGCGCACGCCUAUAAUGCCGGCAGAGGCAGGCAGAUCUCUGUGAGCUCAAGGGCUGCCUUAUCUACAAAGCAAGUCCAGGACAGCCAAGGCUACACAGAAAAACCCUGUCUGGAAAAGAAAAAAUAGGAUAAAAACUAAGAACUGCUUUGAGGGACCCUUGGAGAUCCAGGAGGCACAAUCCCUGAUAAUCCUUUGAGCAGCCACAGACCUCCAAUAAAAGGACCACGGAAAGGAAAUCUCUAUGAACAUCGUCUUACUUUGGCUUUGCUCAAAAGCCAGCUCAGAGACCAAAAAGCAAGCAAAGUGGGUGUGGCUCAGCGGUAGAGUGCCUAGUUAACAAGCAAAAAGCUUAUUGUUUUAUUCUGUUUGUUUCUUUGACUUUUGAGACAAAGGGUCUCUCUGUGUAGCCUUGUCUGUCCUGGAACUCUGAUCUGGAGACCAGAUGGGCCUAGAAUGCACAGAAUCCACCUGCCUCUGCCUUCUGAGUGCUGGGAUUACAGGCAGAUGCCACCACUGGCCAGCCAAGGCUCUUGAUCCCUACUCUAGCACUAUGAAAUAAAUAAAGCUAGGUAUGGGGGCUCAGACUUACAGCAUUUGGGAGAUAGAGGAAGGAGAAGUUGAGGGUAUUAGGACUGCCACUACAUGAUAACGAGUACUGGAGUCAGAAAGACAAAAGCGGUUUUAUGACCUUACAAGUUCAAAUGCCAACAAAAAUGGCAAAUGUGCCCCAUUAGGAGAAAAAUGAUUAUUUUUUAAUGGCCCUAAUCAAAAUUCCUUUGCUGCCUGUUGCCUAAAUUUCAUUAUCCAUAUCUUUCCCCCUUUUUUCAAUGUAUUCUCUUAGUCAUGAUGUAGCAAACUGCCCAUACCCUCCCAUCCUGAGACAGAUAACAAACUGAGCCAGGCAUGGAUGCCACACGCCUGUAAUUCCAGCACCCGGGAGGCAGAGACAGACAGAUCACUGUGAGUUUGAGGCCAGCCUGGUCUACAAAGCAUGUCCAGGACAGCCAAGGCUACACAAAGAAAUACUGUCUCGAAAGAAAGAAAGAAAGAAAGAAAGAAAGAAAGAAAGAAAGAAAGAAAGAAAGAGAAAAAAGGGAAAUGCUGGCAGCAGGCCUGUUAUGCAGCAAACUAAUAAAACUGAAAAACUCUAGAAGUACCUUAGGAGACAAGCAUAAGGAUCUGAGUUCAAAUCCCCACUACUCAUGUAAAAAGCUGGGUACUGCUGAAUGCUCCUAUAACCCCAGCAUUCUGAAGGGUGGGCUCUAGAGGAUUUCUGAGGCUUGUUGGCCGCCAGGCAAGCCCCAAGUCUGGUGAGAUACACUGUCUCAAAGGAACACUUGACAGCAUCCUCCUCUGACCUCUGUGGAUGAUCCCCAAUCCCAACCCCCCAGCCCCCUCCAUACCCCUACCCCAGCGGUAGAGUGCCUAGUUAACAAGCAAAAAGCUUUUUGUUUUAUUCUGUUUGUUUCUUUGACUUUUGAGACAAAGGGUCUCUCAAAAGUCAAAGAACACUCCCAGUCCCCGCCAGUUUGGCAGAACAUGGAGUAGCUCAUGUGUGUGCCUCAACCACAGUAAGUGAUUCAAAUGAGGCGGGCCUAGCUAAAGUAUGCACAUGUGGGAACAGCACAUCUGGCCCUGAAGGAACAGUUGUUGGCGUUACCGGCCACACCAUCCUCCAUCAGGCGGAGGAUGCCGUUCCUAGGUAAAUGUGUGCCUGGCAUAUUUGAGGCCCCAGCUUCCACCUCCAGAACCACAGGCAAAAAGCCUCCCAGUUUGAUUCAGUCAUUCACCCUUGUAGAAAUAUUCCAUAACGUCACAUUGUACCCUAUAAAUAUGUACAACUAUAAUUCAUCAUUUUGAUAAACUAUGGCUGGGCGAGGUAGCACACAGCUUUGACUUCAAAUUUUGGGAAUCAGAGAUAGGCAUUUCUCUGUGAGUUUGAGGCCAGACGGGUCAAGCAAGGUCCAGUCCAGCUAGCGUUACAUAGUGAGACCCUAUCUCAAAGUUUAACUAAUUAAUUAACUUAAAACUUAAAAAAUAGGGCCAGCACACACUUUUAAUCUCAGCACUCAGGAAGCCGAGGCAGUUUGAAUUUAAGUCCAGCCUGGUCUACAUAGCAGGACUACACAGAAAAACCCUGUCUUGGAAACAAAACAAAAAUAAAUAAACAAAUAAAUAAAAAUAGAGCUGAGGGUAUAGCCUGAGAUAUACCUUAUCUCAAAUAAAUAAAUAAAUCUACAUGUUAAAUACAUAUAAUAAAUAUAUCUUUAUAAGCUUAUAAAUAAAUAUAUACAUAAUGAGCUAGA